GCCAUGACAGUCUCCAGUACUAUGGAGAGCCAAGACAACGACUGUUCCCCAACCAAUACCGAAGCACCUCUUGUCACCGAGUCACCAGCGGAGAUCAAGCUGAGGCAACGCCAACGCAUCCUCACAAGCACCACCGAUGUCGCCGGUGAGACUGCCACAAAACUGCGAAUCAACUUGGACAAACGCCGCAAAGGAUUUCUAAGUCCUAGUCGACUGUCGAGUGCGUUCCGGCUAAACGCUGAAAUGGCGUUGCGUGUAUCGUUCGCUGUGGUACUCUCGUCGAUUAUUCAGACCCGAGACAAAGCCUACGAUCCUGCCCACGCCCACGACAAGAAGUGGUUAUUUUUCCCGGACUGGUAUUAUCUUGGUGGUCUCAGUUACUGUGCCAUUAUGGUGAUUUUUUCCAUGGCUUACAACGUCGGAGGCACGAUCCGUGAAGUUUGCCAAGGCUUCUCUGGAGUGGGAGUGGCGCUUUUGUACAAUUAUAUUUUGUUCGCUUUCAUUGAAGUGGAACGAUUCGACAGUAACGCAGACGACCCUUUCAAAAACUACUAUAAAAUCAACAAAGCCUUUAACUCGAGCGCGUACUGGAUAAAUGUACCCAACCUGUACGCGACUUUGCCCGGGAUUCUCGUUUUUACCGUCCUAAUCAUGGUUUUACCCUUUCAAACCAAUACGCGCAAGUACGCGGUGGGCACAAACGCCUACUUCACUCUGACAAUUAUCAACCCGGCGAAUCCUAUAAAACCUGGCCAACUCAAAAGUAUUGACGAAGAGCUCUUCGACACGAAUCUCGAUCUGAAGUCGCUGGCACUUUACUCAACUUCCAGCAAUCGCACAACAAUCGAAAAUACGACGAUGCGCAUCGAGUUCGCUCCUUCGUGA